AUGCCACCAAACGCCACGCCGCAGCAGCCCGCGGCCAGACCCUCCCCCGGUCCCGGCCCCGAACCGGACCGCGAACCACCGGACUCCGGCCGAUCGCAGUCGACGACUCCUGCUCCGGCGCCAAGGCAUCGCGAUGUCGCCCCGCGCGACUUUGUCCGGCUCUUUCAAUGCCGAGUGUGCUCGUUGCCCCUGCGCGAGCCCGUUAGCCUCCCAUGCGGCAAGACCAUGUGCCGACGUUGUCUCCCCGAGACGCACCGUCGAUCAAAUAUCACCUACCCCGCCGCCCCGGACCGCCUCCGUGGCUUCAAGUGCCCCUUUUCCGACUGCGCGAGGGAGCACGCGCUAGACGACUGCGCCGUUGACGUCGUCCUUAACAAGACGGCCGGGCACGUACGUGACGAGAUUGACCGACGCAAGCUAAUUGUCCAUGGGUCCACGAGGGUCGAGUGGCCGGAUCCAUGGGCUGCUGCUGGUAUCACGUCGAUGAGGGAGGACGAUGCGUAUUCAAAGGUGAUACAAGGAGGAAAGGUGGUUGCGACGUAUUCCCUCGCAGAGGAGGGCGAUCUGUCCUACGACACCGACAUCACCUACAGCUACAUCCCCUCACCUCCGACAUCGCCGUCACGAACCCCAACCGUUGACGAUGACGACGAUACCAGCCUCAUCCGCAAGGCGCAGGAUGCCACGCGGGCCGAGAUGGACUGUCAGGUCUGCUACGCCCUCUUUUAUGAUCCACUGACGACACCUUGCGGCCACACGUUUUGUCGCUCAUGUCUUCAUCGCAUCCUCGACCACUCACGGUAUUGUCCUAUCUGCCGUCGCCCCAUGGCCAUCAACCCCGUCCUCAGCCAAAACUCUUCACCAUCCAAUGAAACAAUUACGCGCAUUAUCGAGGCCUUUUGGUUGGACGAGGUCCAUGCUCGAAAGGAGGCUCUUGAUGCUGAGCGCGCGAGUCAGAUGCAGGACUUUGACCUCCCGCUCUUCGUCUGUACGCUGUCGUUCCCCCUCAUGCCGACCUUUUUGCACAUAUUUGAGCCGAGAUAUAGACUCAUGAUCCGUCGAGCCCUUGAGGGUGAUCGUACCUUUGGCAUGGUUCUCCCAAAGAGACCCCAGCACCCCGAUGACGUUGACUUCCACGACCUGGGCACGUUGCUGCGAAUCGUCAACAUUCAGUACUAUCCCGAUGGCCGGAGUCUCAUUGAGACGGUUGGCCUGUCGCGCUUCCGUGUCCGCAACCACAGUUACGUCGAUGGCUAUACCGUCGCCAAGAUAGAGCGCGUUGACGACGUCAGCCUCGAACAGGAGGAGGCCAUGGAAGCUAUGGAAGCCGCACCUCUCACGGAGCAGUCCUCAACUGGAGAAGAUUCCUCCAUCCAAGGUGACAAGGUUUCACAAGAUUCACCCUCAUCUGCCUCCCCCCCUCCAGCCAUCGACAGUUUGCCCAUGCCGGCCUCACCCGAGGACAUUGACGCCAUGUCGACACAGAGCCUGAUGCAGUUCGCAUCUUCGUUUGUCGCCCGGAUGCGCGUUCAGAGCGUCCCGUGGCUGACGGAACGCAUGCUCACCAUCUACGGCGAGUGUCCCGACGACGCCGCCAUCUUCCCCUGGUGGUUCGCCAGCAUGUUGCCCGUUAAGGACCUUGAAAAAUACCGCCUUCUAGGCACAUCGAGCGUGCGAGAGCGCCUCAAGAUCUGCUGUUCAUGGAUCAUUGAAUGGCAGGCAUCUCGAUGGUCUCUCCACGGCUGCACAAUCCUCUGA